AUGGUCGGUGACCAACCACCCACCUUCCUGCAGUCUCUCAUCGCAGGCGGACUCGCUGGGACCUCCGUGGAUCUUCUAUUUUUCCCUAUCGACACGCUGAAAACGCGUCUGCAAUCUGCUCAGGGAUUUACGCGAGCUGGAGGAUUUACAGGAGUAUAUAAGGGUGUUGGAAGCGUCGCGGUAGGCAGCGCGCCAGGAGCCGCGGCGUUUUUCUCCACGUACGACACGAUGAAGCAGGUUCUCCCAUUCCAGGGACCUCUUGCACACAUGAUAUCAGCUUCUGUGGGCGAAGUGGCAGCCUGCUUGAUUCGUGUACCGACAGAAGUUAUCAAGACACGUACACAAACAGGAAGCUACGGUGCUGCGCAAUCGUGGGGUGCAGCUAAGCGUGUUCUAGCGGACGACGGCCUCCGGGGGUUCUACCGCGGAUUUGGUAUUACUGUUAUGAGAGAGAUACCGUUUACUUCCAUCCAGUUUCCGUUGUACGAACUUUUGAAGCUACGGCUAUCUAAAAUUGUUCAUCGAAAACCCUUGUAUGCUCAUGAAGCUGCCGUAUGUGGGAGUAUUGCUGGUGGUGUCGCUGCAGCUUUGACAACACCGCUUGAUGUGCUAAAAACCCGAGUUAUGCUCGACCUACGGAACUCGGAAGAACAAUUGCCUUCACUUCUAGCUAGAAUGAAAACUAUCUAUACGACAGAGGGCAUGAAGGCUCUCUUUGCUGGUGCCGUCCCACGGACGUUGUGGAUAUCGGCUGGUGGUGCUGUCUUCCUAGGUGUCUACGAAUGGGCCGUACAUGGUUUAAUGGGAUGGUAA